GUCCAAAUCUGGUUUUGAACUCCUUUGCGCAGUCCUCAUCAUCUCUUACCUAGCUUGCUACUUUUCUGACCCGGUCUCAGUGUCUUGCGCUUUUACUCUAUAUGAGUAAAUAUAGGACUCUCCCCUUUUCCGGAGACUCUGGUUGUUCUCUUCAGCUGGCAAUACCCGGGCUUGGAAGGGCUUGGCCCUGGAUCAAAGGCUCUCCCGGAACUUUCAGAAAGCUUCAUUUUCCUCGAGUCGACCGCUAUCGCCCCUUGCGCACAUGGAUUAUCCUAAGCAAAGGCUAGUAAGUACUUGGUAUGGACUCUAUCCAGACGCGUUCUAUCAGGACCAAGAUGCUGGCGAACCCCUCUUGUUUCAGAUCUCUAGGCCCGAUUUCUUGCGCCUCACGUGGCUAACCGUCGAAGGAGGCUCGCUUAUUUCUUCCUUUCUUCCUUCCUCCUUUCCCCACCAACAAUGCUCUCCAUCCUUCUCCUCCUCCCUGCUGUCGCUCUCGCCCUGACCAUCUCUACCCCUGACCAACCAGUCGUCUCUGCCGCGAAUCUCACCAUCAAGUGGAACGCCGCGUACGUCGACGAAGCACUAUUCACCGUGGAGCUCAUCAACGCUGCCUUCAAUCGUCAGUAUGCUAUCGCGAACAAUGUAAAUUCGGGGUAUGGAGGUUCGGAGUUGACGGUCCUGUUGCCUGCGGUCUUGCCUGGGGCUGGAUUCACGCUCCAGUUGGUGAACCCGGGGAAUAUUAACGACGUAUAUGCCGAGUCGGGACAGUUUACGGUCGUGGAUGCUUCGUCGACGACGACUGGUACGGGCUCGAUAGACGCGUCGGGAUCGACUACGAGUACGAGUGCUAGCACGACAACCUCUACGACUCGCAGUUCGUCGAGCACCAGCUUUGGCGUCACCCACUCCAAUACUAUUACCGGCAGCAGCACCUCGUCUGUUACCUCUUCCUCUCCUUCGACUUCAAGCACGUUCAUUCCACAAUCCUUCAAUGCCGCUGCUCGUUCAGCCGCCGAUAUGGGUAUCGCUGGAGCCUUGGCCGCGGUGUUGGGGUGUAUCAUUGCGUUGUAAUUUUUGAACCACUUUUGCUCCUCUCCUUUUGAAUAUCCACACUCGUUUCUGACAUCGCUGCACGCGCGCAUAUAGUCAUGUA